AUGCUUGGUCUUGUUAUUGGUUCGAAAACACAAAAUAAUAUGUUACUUUAUUCAAUUUUUGUUUCUCAAGCUGAGCAACUUUAUUUUGCUGUUGGACCAUUAUUAAUCAUUCCAAAAAAUUUUUCAAAAAUGGAGCGAAAAAAAAUGGAAAAGGAAGAAAAGAAAAAAGAAUUAAAUCCUGGUGAUUGGAUUAAUUUCGAAAUGGAAAAUGUCGUCUCAUUUAUCAUUAAUGAAUAUGUUAAAACUUCAGCAUUAUGCGAAUUUCGCUAUAUGAAUGGCGUUUUUCAAGUUCAAUCUUUAUGUGUUUUUUCACCAAGUGAAACCAGGGAAAUCCAGAAGUGUUAUUCGGAACUGUUUGGCUAUAUUCACGUUGAAUGUAAAAUUGCUAAACGAUUUUUGCCUAAUGUUGCUUAUAAUUUGUGGUUGACAUUUGAUGAUAUUGCGGAUGGCAAAUUCGCUGUUGGAUUUGGUGAAUUUAUUGAUAUAGCUGAAGAACAGUAUCACGUUGGGCAAAUGCCUUGGAACCGUAACAAUUCCACGUUGGCCAUAAAACUUAUCGAUUCCGAUGAUGAAUCGGAUGAUUAUAUUUUCGUCCAGACGGCUCAGAACUUUAUCUCUAAUGCCCGUGGUGUCACUGUUGACCAACGGACAGUUUAUUGCAGUGAAUUACCAUUUCUGACAUUUUCUUUAGCUUACUUACACGAACCAAGAAGGGUUGUUGCUGGACAACACAUAACGUUUAAUGCAUUUUUAUGCAACUUUUCAAAAACAUAUGUUAUUAGUUCUUAUACUAUUCUACCUGAUCCUCCUCUGAUAACUAAAAACUCUAAGUUUGGAACUGUUAAAAUGUUUGAAAUUGGGCUAAAAUCAGUUAAGGAUUUGCCUUAUGGAUAUUUUUGGUCUAAGAAUAAAGUCUUAGGCUUAAUUCACGAUUCAAAAGGAUUAUUGCUUCCGUUUUUAUUAAAUGAUAAUUUAAAACAUGAUAUAAUACAAGUAUUUGUUGUGGAUACAGGACCGAACGCAUUCAGUAGAUUUGGUGUAAAAGAACUGUGUGAUAGUGCGCAACCAUUGAUGAAUUUGGAAGGUAUUUUCAUUGGCCAUCACAUGGUUCUUGCUCCUCUUUAUUCUACAUUACCCAUUUCAUUCACUGCUUUGUCGAAACAAGGCUGGCAGCAUUUGGACGUUGGUACAUGGAUACAGUUUAAUGCUGAGAGUCCUCCGGACAGACUUGAUUUUAAAGUUUCUGAUUGGAAAAUUUGUCCUCGAAAGCGACCUACAGUAAAAGUAGUCAAAAUUGGUGACAAAUACAUUUUUAAUGUUACUGCAUAUUUUAUACCAGCACUGCGCGUAUUAUUUGCGGAAACGUUUAAAUUUAUUGAACUUCCACAAGAACGCAUAUUAACUACAUUAAAUAAUCUGAAAAAAGAAUCCGUAAUUAAUAUAUGGAUUCGUGAAAAUGUUGAAUUCGGGAAACGCACUCGUUUUGUUUUACAUUCAUUCAGUGAACCCCAUGAGGAUUUAAUGGAAGAUGGAACUGAAAAAAACAUCAGGCAUCUUGAGCAGUCGAAGAUUGACCAGUGUAUUGAUCAGAGAUGUGGAGGACGCGAAUUACUUCGUCGUUGUCUCAACAGUUCACAAAUAUUAGAACAUUUUGUUAAUUUAUACGCGAACGAUCUCCUUCCUCGUAUGCUCUAUGCUGUACUUAGGGAAAAUUGA